AUGAUUAACACCAAAGACAAAGUGGUUCCCUCUGUUGAAGAGCGAGAAGAGAGAGAGAUGGAAGAGGAGGAGGAGGAUGAUGAAGAGGAGGACGACUCGGAGAACGAAGAGGAAGAUUCCUCAGAUGAUGAUGAUGAUGAUGAGGAAGGAGAACAUGAAAAGGAAGCGGAGUCGUCGUCCCAAGAUGCAAACGAAAAUGCUUCCUCGUCUGACGGGGAGAAAAAGGAGCCGUCGGACGGCCUGAACCUGAACAACGAGGUGGUGAAGAUGAGGACGGAGGUGAAGAGGGUCAAGGCUCUGGUCAUCAGGAAGCUCACUCGUCAGAUCGCUAUGCUGAAGAAGAAGAAGGGGAACGAGGCGGAAACCGAAAGGAACCAGAGGAGAGCCGCCAGGCUGCUGGAGGAGGUCCACAGCAUCAAGAAGCUCCCUCCAGACGUGGUGACCAAGACAGCUUUGCAGACGAAGCUCAACUUUGAGGAGGUUUGCAAAAACCCAGAGUCGAAAAUGUCCGACCGAGCCGUCGCACGCAUCGCCACGCACCCUCAGUUCAGCAAGAAGAUUGAAAGCAUCAAAGCUGCCAUUGAAGAGUUCAAAGAGGAGCACAAAAAGGCCAGGAAACAGGGGGGUCAAUCGAAAAGUCAGAGGCAGACAGAAAAAUCCACGCAGCCGCCGCCGGAUAAUAGAUUAGACAGAAAAAGUAAGGAGAAAAUCAAAGACGGUGCUGAUAAAAAAGAAAAAGAUGCUCCGCAAUCGGAAAAAGAUGAAAAAGUGUCUCAAUUGCCUGCGACCUUGGAUGUUCCAAAGCAAGAAAAGCCAAAGUCUACAAGUGUUAAAUCUGCUUCAGUUAAAGGCAGCAUGACGCCAAAGCCUCAAACUAAAGUCCAGGAAAGGGGUUCCAGGCUUCAGGCUGCUCCAGAAUUGAUCCACAAAAGCCCAGAAGAAGAAGAAGAGAGCAACGUAGAGUCAUCAGGUGACGAAGAGAAAGAGUACUUUGACGACAGUACGGAGGAACGAUUUCACAAGCUGUCCUCCCAGUCUGAGGAGAGCGAAGAAGACGACUUCUUUAUAGGAAAGGUCAGCAAGUUCAAGAAGAAGAAGAAAAAACAGACGAGCGGCGAUGGGACGGAGAAAGAAGAGGAGAGACCAAAAGACCCGGGCAGUGUGAAAACAGACAAACUCCAGGGGGAGCUGGAUGAGCUGGAGUCCAGGUUGAAGUCCCAAAGGUCCACAGUUCAGUCGGUGUUCUGCUCGUCUCUGGCUGGAGGGAAGGGGGGCGGAGCUAAAGCUGCACCUCAGGGGAACUUCCGAGCCGGUAGAGGAGGAGGGUUUAGCAAACUGAACAAGUUUCCAAAGCAGGAAAACAGAACUUUUAAUUCCAGGUCCAAGUUCAGCAAGCCUGUCGUUAGAGGACCACACUCCGAGUCUAACAGGACAGAUUCUGGACCUGCAGGGAGAGGAAGAUCUAAAGAUGUCCGACAGCAGACGGAGCGCAGAGGAGGCUUCGUAUCCCGUCAGCCGCCCCAGCCGGCCCUCCAUCCGUCCUGGGAGGCCAGCAAGAAGAGAAAGGAGCAGCAGGGACAGAUCCUAGCCUUCCAAGGGAAGAAGAUUAAAUUUGAUGAUGAUGACUAAAGAAACUGAAUAACCUUUUGCAUUGUGAGAUAUACUUAGGUGAUGUAAAAAUCUGGUGCCACUAGGACCUCAGUUGAUCAUAGAUGUCACAUUGUGAAUUUUAAAAUGCUCAACCUAUCAGGAAACGAUAAAAUACUCUUUCAUUCCUGCUCAAAGUGUCCAAUUGCACUGGUUUAAAAUGAAUGUGUCCUGCUUAAGAUGGAUCAUUUAACAUCACCAAUUUCUCUGCUCUAUGUUCUGUUCUGUUAAACUUGAUUUAAAUGUGACAUGUCGGAUUCCACUGCAGUAAACCUCUGCCUUUAGCAACCAUUUUGGUUAAUGCUUCUCUUGGAAUUUUAAGUUUUUUUAUUGGGAACAAAAAGGUGAUGUUCCUAUUGCUGUGUUUCUGCAUCAGACAUUAAAAAAAUAAAUAAAUAAAUAAA